AUGUAUAAGUCACUACUAACGUUUACUGUAAUGGCUAAUUUAUUUAGCAGUCCGCACGGCAGAAUCAAAGACAAAAACACUAUAAUGAAAACUCUUGUAGAUGCUGUCAGUGCCAGAUACCAAGCAGGAGGAGAUAUUACGAAUAAAAUUGGGCCAUCUCAUGUCAUCGCUAAGAUAAUAGAAAAACAAAUCUACAGUGAUAAGAGGUCAAAUAAUUCGACAACAUCGUGUAAAGGAGAUCCAAACGCGACGCCUGGUUGUGACAAGACGUGUAUAAAACGUUGUCCCGGUAAUAAACCCAAUAAGUGUACAUGUCCAACAGAUAGCUGCGAGUGUAAAGAAGGUUACGUGUAUAACCCUAACACCUUUAAAUGUACAAAGUCAGAUGAAUGUGGUGAUAAGAUUUCAAAAGAUGAAUCGACAACAUCGUGUAAAGAAGAUCCAAACGCCAUGCCUGGUUGUGACAAGAGGUGUAUAAAACGUUGUCCCGGUAAUAAACCCAAUAAGUGUACAUGUCCAACAGAUAGCUGCGAGUGUAAAGAAGGUUACGUGUAUAACCCUAACACCUUUAAAUGUACAAAGUCAGAUGAAUGUGGUGAUAAGAUGUCAAAGAAUUCGACAACAUCGUGUAAAGGAGAUCCAAACAUAAUGCCUGGUUGUAAUAAGAAGUGUUUAAAACGUUACCCUGGUACUAAAUCCAGCAAAAAAUCUGCGAAUCGUUCAACGCCAGCAUUAGAUUCAAUGAUACAAGAUACGUGCGAGACAGAAUCCCUUGAAUUAUAUCUAAAAGCUGACCUAGCAUUCACAGCCAAGAUUCUUCAAGAAAUAACCCGAGAAAACUAUGGAAGCAAUUUGGUAGUUGGGGGAUCAUCGAUAUUAUAUUUGUUAGGACAAUUGCAGCUUUUUGCGCUUAAAGGUGCCGCAAAGCAAAUACAAAAAGCCUUGGACCUAAAUAACGAGCAGGUGGCUUGCUUUUUACCAAAAUUUUAUGAAAACAUUACAAAACCGCAAUAUACAAUUGAAUACGAUGCGGUAACUACUAUUAUAGCUGACAACAAUUGCCCAUUCACCAACAAAUUCAAAAGACGCCUCCAGAAAGUGUUCCAUACAGAACCGUUUCAGUAUGACUUCAGUAAUCCUCUUAGCGCUAGAAUGAUUAACGAUAUGAUCGCAAUGCGUACCAACAACAAUAUCAAGAAUUUUGUAACAUCCGAUGUUUUAUCUUCACUGACAAAUUUAAUUCUAGUGGAUACUCAAUCAUUCGGAGGUGAAUGGCAGAAUAAGUUUGACAGUAAAGAUACAACUGAAAUGGAAUUCCAUGGCGCUAAUAGCAGAAUUACUAAAAAACAAACAAUGUUCCAAAGCGGCAAAUUCCUAUACACAAACAAUUUAUCACUUGGAUGUAAGGUCCUUAAAAUUAACUAUAAAAGCAGCGAGUUUAGUAUGGUCAUAUUCUUACCUCACUUUGCCAAUGGAGUACCCGGUUUGGUUAAAAAACUUUCAUCAGGUGAAAACGUUCUAAAGGCUCUAACCAAUUUGCGUAAAGUAAACGUGGAUAUCUAUUUACCAAGAUUCAAAGUAUCAUCUGCAUCCAGACUAAAAUUUCCUGUACUGAAGGCGAAUGUUAAUAGAAUAUUUAACGCUUCGAGUGCCGGGCUGCAACGAGUUGCAUCCUGCACCACACCUUUUGUAAGCGAUAUCCUACAGAAAAUUAUAUUAACAGUUAAUGAAAACGGAGGCGGCAAUGCUGACGAUGAUAAUCUUGGUAUGUAA